GGGGGUUUUGGUAUCUUAGAAAAAGAGCUCAACGACAUCUCUGAACCCUCCAAUAAACCCCCACUUCUCUAUUCGAGCGAGCAGUUGGGACUUGGGACUUGGGACCUCUCUCUCUCUCUCUCCCUACAGUCACAGGUCUACCCACAUCACAUCGUGUCAUCCUCUACCCACCUUCCAAAUGUCACCCACCCUAUUUCUCAGAAGACUCCUUCCUCUCCUGCCCAAGUAAAACCAGAUUUAACUAAUCUACUUUCACACUUGUGCCAAACAAAAAGAAAAAAAAAAGAGGAGAGCUUUAGGCUGUAGCUCGGUUUUGCAAAUUUGCGAUGCAAUCAGGAGGUGCCCAAGCAGUAGUUACCUGCGAUUCCCAAUUCUCUGCAAUGCUUAGUGUCAUCAAUCGUAGGCUCCGGCGCUUCUUUUCAAAACUACGGUGGCCAAUCCGGCGGCGUUCCAAGCACAAAGUUCUCAUCAGGAAGUUCGGAAAGUCAAACCCAAAACUUCAGCCCAAGGAUGAGACCAACGCCAAUGGGUCAAUGAUCCAUGCAAAUCGUCAGGUCGGUGGUUCUAAAUCUGAAAGGCCAAUUCGGAUUGCGACAUUCAAUGCUGCUAUGUUCUCCAUGGCUCCUGCUGUCCCCAAGGUUGAGAAUACGGUUGUGCUUGAUUAUGGAGGGGAAGGUUAUGUGAAGGUCAGGCAUGAUGUGGAGGCUGAUAUUCGAGCAAAGUUUGUCAACGAUCGCCCCAAGAGUAUACUCAAGCAAUCUCCCCUGUAUCCCAAUUCCCUGACUAGUCCUGAACAUCUGUCUAGGCAAAAGAAGUUUGCAAAAUCAAAAUUAAGGGUCUCUAUUAAUCUCCCUGAUAAUGAAAUCUCUUUAAAGCGCAGUAGACAGUUAAGUUUUGAUGAAGAGGACAGAAAGGGGUCUUCAAGCAAUAGUACAAUCAGGAACCAGAGAGGCAAAGCCCCACUAAAGUCCAGUUUCAGCCUACCUAGCAGUAUAAGAACUGGUGGAGAUGGUAAGAACUUCAGAAGCAGUAGAACCAUUCUGGAAGUGCUAAGAGAGGUGGAUGCUGAUAUCUUGGCUCUGCAAGAUGUGAAGGCAGAAGAAGAGAAGGGAAUGAAACCUCUGUCUGAUUUGGCUAAUGCCUUAGGCAUGAGGUAUGUUUUUGCUGAGAGCUGGGCUCCUGAGUAUGGGAAUGCUGUCCUGUCCAAGUGGCCAAUUAAAAGGUGGCAUGUUCAGAAAAUCUACGACGAUACAGAUUUCAGGAAUGUGCUGAAGGCUACAGUCGAUGUGCCCCAAGCAGGAGAAGUGAACUUCAAUUGCACCCAUCUUGAUCAUUUGGAUGAGAAUUGGAGGAUGAAGCAGAUAAAUGCAAUAAUUCAAUCAAAUGAUGGGCCCCACAUCUUGGCCGGGGGUCUCAAUUCUCUUGAUGAAACAGAUUAUUCAGCAGAGAGGUGGAUGGAUAUUGUGAAGUACUAUGAGGAAAUAGGAAAGCCAACCCCAAAGGUUGAAGUAAUGAAGUUCUUGAAAGGGAAGCAGUAUGUAGAUGCCAAGGACUAUUCAGGGGAAUGCGAAUCUGUGGUCAUGAUUGCCAAAGGCCAAAAUGUGCAGGGGACUUGCAAGUAUGGGACAAGAGUGGAUUACAUAUUGACAUCACCUGGCUCUCCAUAUAAGUUCGUCCCAGGGUCAUACUCAGUCAUUUCAUCAAAAGGGACUUCUGAUCACCAUAUUGUUAAAGUUGAUAUCAUAAAGGUAGACAGUAACACUCAAGAAAAUGUUGCAAUGCGUCGGAGACAACCAAAACAGAAAGUGUUAAGGAUAAACCCUUCUUCUUCAAGGGGUAUAUGGAGGACAAAUACAUGAGGAAACCUUUCUUUUUCAAUUUUUAUAUCUUAAUUUUGGUCUAUUUUUUUCUGUACAUGGGAGUGAUUGGUGUGGGAAGUCUCAACUUACUGUGUCUGUAAAUUAUCAUAUAAACAUUUGUUCAAUGACACUUAAUUUGAAAGAGACUAUGCAAAGAAACAUAUUCUUCUGUAUAUUCUUUCUAUUUGCAGUUGCAGUUAAGAAGGGGAGAGAUUUCUGGAGUUACUGUUUGGUCUACUUUCUAGAUAUGGGAAUUGACUGGAUUAGAGAAAUCUGGAUGAAUUUCAACC